CUCUGGUAAAGUAAAUACAUGUCAAAAGUGCACUCACGGAGACGAGGUCUUGCGCAAGAAGAGAUUUUGAAAUUUUAAUCUCUAGAAUAAUUCUUGCCUAAUAUCUUGUGUGCAUAGAAUAUCUCUGCGAAUCAAACAUUCUGAGGCAAUGUCUACUUACGUCUCUUUGCGUGCCGUGUUCAAUACCGUGAGCCGCAAAACUUUGACUCAUACCUUGCUUAACAACAACGCGGCCUUCAAUGUUGCCCGUACGAGUCCAGCGCUAUGGCAACAAUCACUUCAAAAAAGAUUCUACGCCGAGAAGGAGGUCUUCAAGCGGGAUAAGCCACACUGCAAUGUGGGAACCAUUGGCCAUGUCGACCACGGUAAGACAACGUUGACGGCCGCUAUCACGAAAGUGCUCGCCGACAAGGAUCUGGCUGAGAGUAAGAAAUACGCUGAUAUUGAUAAUGCACCAGAGGAAAAGGCGCGAGGAAUCACGAUCAAUGUUGCUCACAUUGAGUAUCAGACUGAGAAUCGUCAUUAUGGUCACACGGAUUGUCCGGGUCAUGCCGAUUACAUAAAAAAUAUGAUUACGGGAACUGCUCAAAUGGACGGGGCCAUUCUGGUAGUGGCUGCCACCGACGGUGCCAUGCCUCAAACUCGUGAACAUCUGCUGCUGGCCAAGCAGAUUGGAGUUAAUCACAUUGUGGUGUUUAUAAACAAAGUUGAUGCAGCGGACCAAGAAAUGGUGGAUUUGGUUGAGAUGGAAAUUCGUGAGCUGAUGAGCGAAAUGGGCUUCGACGGGGAUAAUGUGCCUGUAAUCAAGGGUUCUGCUUUGUGCGCUUUGGAAGGUAAGAGUCCGGAGAUUGGCGCAGAUGCUGUGUCACAGUUGCUAGCAGAAGUUGAUAAAUAUGUGCCGACGCCUGUUCGUGACUUGGAUAAGCCUUUUUUGCUUCCGGUGGAAUCAGUUCAUAGCAUUCCUGGCCGUGGCACUGUGGUGACGGGCCGUCUCGAACGUGGAACGGUUAAAAAGGGACAAGAGUGCGAAUUUGUUGGGUAUAACAAGGUCAUUAAAUCAACUAUAACCGGCAUUGAGAUGUUCCAUAAGAUUCUUGAAGAGGCCCAUGCUGGUGAUCAGUUGGGUGCUCUUGUGCGAGGCAUAAAACGCGAUGAUAUCAAACGAGGAAUGGUGAUGUGUAAGCCGGGCACAGUAAAAGCCUACGACAACUUCGAAGCCCAGGUUUAUAUUCUCAGCAAAGAAGAAGGCGGUCGUCAUAAGCCAUUCACAAGCUUCAUCCAACUGCAAAUGUUUUCACGCACUUGGGAUUGUGCUACCCAGGUGCAAAUUCCUGACAAAGAGAUGGUGAUGCCUGGGGAAGAUGCCAAAUUGCAUUUACGCUUGAUGCGGCCGAUGGUUUUGGAACAGGGACAACGAUUUACGCUUCGCGAUGGGCACAUUACGCUGGGAACGGGCGUUGUGACCAAGACACUUCCUUUGUUAACUGACAAGGAGCGAAGUGCUCUCGUAGAAGGAAAGAAGGCUCGAGAAAAGGCUGCCAGCGGCAAAGCAUAAGAGCUAGAGAGAGGUGAUCGUAUGUCUUACUAUAUGUGUAUAUUAUCUUAUUGAAGUUUAGAAUGCUGAUAAGAAGCUAAAAUAAAAUACAAGGUAUAACAGUCCCAAU